CUGUGCCGUGUUGCCUUGUGCAGCGCGGAAUCUACUGUUGUCUUGUCCUGUCUUUAGUCCGUGUCCUGUUUAGUGUUUCUUUUGUUAUUAAACCCUGUUUGUUUUGCUAUCCUGCGUUUGGGUCCGUUUCUACCCCGCAUCAUGACAGAAGCUGGACCAGCUGAUUGGGAGUAUUUUCCUUUUUUAUGUGACUUUUUCCCCCUGGACUUUGUGGUUUUGGUGACAUCGGUCCGCAUUUUUUCCUGUGAGGGACACCACUCUGCUUCCGGUUUCUGCACGGGGGGCGCCGCCUCACUUCCUGUGUGCGGGCCACGUCACCAACCCGAGUUUUGUGGACGUCGCUCGGCCCGUCAACUCGGCCGUGGAUGCCGCUCGGCCCGUCAGCUCGGCUGUGGACGUCACUCUUUGGCUCUUUGGCUGCACCGCCGUGUGCCUUGCUCCCCCCCCACCUGGCUUGCCGUGGUCCUUGCUCCCCCACCUGCCUUCGCCGUGGUCCUUGCUCCCCCCACCUGCCUUCAACGUGGUCCUUGCUCCCCCCACCUGCCUUCGCCGUGGUCCUUGCUCCCCCAUCUACCUCGCCAUGUUGCAGAGAAGAACGUAGCAGAAUCCUGUGGAGUAUCAAACUUUAUUAAAUACACUUGCAACUGUGAAGUCAGUCUGUCCCGACCUAAGUCUGAACAGAGCAGGGCAACGGUCACACUGUCAUUUCCCAUACAUCUGCAAAGUUCUUAUCUUUUAGGCUUAGGGUGCAGUUUGGAAAACAGUUCAGUCCCCCUUUGUAAUCUUUGCCGUUCCUAAUUUCAGGUGGGUGAGUGUAUUGACAAAGAAUGUUCAAUGUUCAUUUUUUUAUUGACAACAUUUUUCUAUUACAUUUCCUCCCUUUUGAAUCACAAAAAUGGACAUAAAAAUUGCUAAGGAAAAGCAUUACUGCAAUUAACGAUCUAUAUUAUACACAUAUAUUAGACUUAAUCAUGCAUGCUCAUGCUAAAAUGUGGUUUGAAUAGGGCUUCUUAAGCAAGCAUUAGCUAAAACAGUGAUGAGAGACCGAAAAUGGAUUUUCUUCUAGUUGAUUCCACAAGUGUGUCCAAGUGUGGAAUCAAGACGCUGGAUCAAGACGACGAUCAUUUUCCCUUCAUGGUGUCGGAACUCAAAGCCGGUCUCCAAGUCGACACAUCACAGGGUGAUCUCCACACUUAGACUUUUUGGUUACUAAAGACUGUUUUAGUUAAACUUAACUGUUAACUCUAUAAUUACUACAAAAUACUGA